AUGACCGGCAAACGUACUCUGGGAGAGGUUGGCCGCAAAGCCAAGCUUGCUUUGACAACCAAGGCCGGCUUCAAAAGUGCCAUUGAGGUGAAACACUCAGAUUUCGCACCUUCUAGCUAUGGUUUCAUUUGGUCCAAUGCACAUAUGGACCCAAGUCCUCCCUCCGAGCGGACAUGGACCUGGUUUCACUACUUUGCUGUGUGGUAUUCGUACAAUUUCACAUCCGGAGCUUGGGCUGCUGCGUCUUCUCUGCUCAGCUUGAACGUGAACUGGUGGCAGGCCGUUUUGGCUUGUGCCGUUGGAUCGCUGAUCAGUGGUGUUGCGGUGUCGUUGAACUCAAGACAGUCUGCAAGAUAUCAUAUUGGGUUUCCCACACUCCAGCGCGUCUCAUUCGGGCUUUAUGGGUCGCUCUUCCCCGUGUUUUCCAGAGCCGUGGUAUGCAUCUUUGGAGACGCUUGGUACAAGAUGCCCAACACCUUGCCCCUUAGUUCGACCAUUACAACGCGGAAAUUUGUCGCAUGCAUCAUCGUCUGGAUCGGAUCCUAUCCUGCAAUGUUUCUCAAAAUCCACAAAAUGAGGAUCUUCUGGACUCUCAAAGCACUGAUCAUUCCUCCAAUAACCAUUGGCUUCUUCAUAUACUGCAUGGUGGUGGGAAGCAAAGGCGCAGUGUCGUACGCCGCCACCCCGAAGCAGUUGACCGGCUCUGAACUGGGCUGGGCUUUCAUGUAUUGCGUGCAAGCCAUCAUCGGCAGCUUCUCCCCUCUGAUCGCCUCCAAUCCCGAUAUUGCUCGGUAUGCCGCCAGGCCAAGUGCGACGGGAUGGCCUCAGCUCGUCACAAUUACGUUCUGGAAGACGGUCGUCUGCAUCAUCGGCAUCUUUGGCACCAAUGCUAUUGCAUACAAGUACGGCCAAAUGUACUGGAAUAUGUGGGAUAUCUGCGAUGUCAUUCUCACCGAGAAUUGGAGCGGCGGUGUGCGCUUUGCCAUCUUUCUGUUUGCCAUUCUGAUGGCUGUCUCCGAGCAGAUCAAGAAUCUGUCUGCGAAUCUCAUCUCGUUUGGGGCCGACUCUGCUUCACUCCUUCCCAAGUACAUCAACAUCAAUCGUGGGAUGAUUCUGGGCUUGACAGUGGGGUUUGUCAUCCAGCCCUGGCAUAUCCUUGCGACCGCCAAGGCCUACCUGACUUUCCUCACAGGUUACAGUCUCUUCUUGGGGGCUAUCCCGGCCAUUGCUGUUACCGACUAUGUUUUUCGACGUGGUAAUAUUGACGUGGUAUCGCUAUACACUGCCAAUAGAGAUUACUGGUACUGGAAAGGUUGGAACUGGAAAGCCUAUGCUGCCUAUAUCAUGGCUAUCUGGCCUGUUUGCCCAGGGUUCGCCUACCAGUUUAGCAAGAGUUCUUCCGUUUCUCAGGGGUGGGUCCACCUGUAUCAGAUGGGCUGGCUGUUCGCGGCCCUCACAGGUGCCUUCACCUACGUGGUUCUCUCGUCCCUAUUUCGAGACAGCGCUAUGUACGAGGCUCGCAAGUUUCCAUGGGAGUCCUAUGCUCAGAACCAGCAGGAACUGUUGGACAAGGAACCCGCCACAAGCACUGUCCUGGAAGGAUCUUCGGAAUCAGUGUUGGAUCAUGCCGGUGAACCAGAGAAAAAGAGUUCGGAAAAGUCACCUGGAGCUGUGACCACGGUCUGA